UUAACCUUCGCGCUUCUCUCCUCCUCUCCCUCUUCUCUCUUCUCUCCUCUGUCUCUCUCUCUCUCUCUCUUUCGCUGGUGCAGCUUCCCUCUUUUCUUGCUGAAUUUAGCGGCAACUUCCUAAAGUAAGUUCCGCGGGGGCGAGGAGGACGAGGACGCUCGUUUCUCUGAGAGGAGAGAGGAAUGGCUGCCCCAGCGAUGCCGGCGUCGCCGCAGCCUCCAGCGCCGACAUCUCCGGCGGCGACGGCCAUCGGAGCGCAGCAGGGCUUCGUCAACUCAUCGCUUUACGUCGGCGACCUCGACCCGUCCGUCUCCGAGGCACAGCUCUUCGAGCUUUUUAGUCAGAUCGCCCCCGUCGUUUCCGUCAGGGUGUGCCGGGACCAGAUCAGGAGGGUCUCCCUCGGAUAUGGCUACGUCAACUACAGCAGUCCCCAGGACGCUAGUCGUGCUUUGGAUGUGUUAAACUUCACCCAAGUGAAUGGGAAAGCAAUCAGGAUCAUGUUUUCACAUCGAGAUCCUAGUAUUCGGAAGAGUGGACAUGCAAAUAUAUUUAUAAAAAAUCUUGACACCUCAAUUGACAAUAAGGCCUUACAUGACACUUUUGCAUCAUUUGGUACCAUUCUUUCUUGCAAGGUUGCUACAGAUAGCAGUGGUCAGUCAAAGGGUUAUGGAUUUGUGCAGUUUGAAAGGGAAGAUGCAGCACAGAAUGCCAUUGCAAGGCUCAAUGGGAUGUUAAUAAAUGACAAACAAGUAUAUGUUGGACUUUUUAUUCGUCGUCAGGAAAGGGACCGUUCAAAUAGUUCACCAAAAUUUACUAAUGUAUAUGUGAAGAACUUUUCUGAAGCAAUAACAGAUGAAGAGCUCAAGAAUAUUUUUGGAAAUUAUGGUCCUAUUACUAGUGCUGUUAUUAUGCGGGAUGUAAAUGGACAAUCUCGAGGAUUUGGCUUCAUUAAUUUUCAGAAUCCUGAUGAUGCUGCCGUUGCAGUUGAAAAACUAAACGGUUACACAUACAAUGAUGAUAAGGUCUGGUAUGUUGGAAGGGCUCAGCGAAAAGCUGAAAGAGAGGCUGAGUUGAAAGCCAAGUUUGAGCAGGAAAGAAAUGGACGCUUGGAGAAACUCCAAGGAACAAAUUUAUAUUUAAAAAAUUUGGAUGAUUCAAUUGAUGAUGAAAAACUUAAGGAGAUAUUUUCAGAAUUUGGAACAACAACCUCCUGUAAAGUUAUGUGUGAUUCUCAAGGGCAGAGUAAAGGCUCAGGUUUUGUUGCAUUUACUACACCUGAAGAAGCCACACGUGCAGUUGCUGAAAUGAAUGGGAAAAUGAUUGGAAAAAAGCCUUUAUAUGUUGCACCAGCGCAACGUAAGGAGGACAGAAGAGCGAGAUUGCAGGCACAUUUUGCACAAUUGCAAUCUCCUGCUGGAGUGGCGCCUGCAAUGGCAUCAAAUUUGCCUGCAUUCCAUCCUGGUGCACCUAGGCUCGCUCCUCCACAGUUGUUUUAUGGCCAAGGAGCUCAUGGCAUGAUUCCUCCUGGGCCAGCUGGAUAUGGCUUUCAACAACAAUUGUUGCCAGGUAUCCGUCCUGGUGUUGGUCAAAUGACGAACUUUAUAAUGCCAUACAAUCUUCAGCGGCAAGGACAGCCUGGACAACGAAUGGGUACAAGACGAGGUGGAGCACAACAGUUGCAGCAGCAGCAAUUAAUUCAGCGGAAUGCAAAUCAAAGCUUUAGAUAUCUGCAAAAUGCACGUAAUGGAGUGGAACCCCAGAUGAUUCCGCAGGGAUUCAUGGGCCCUAUGAUACCAAUGCCGCUUGAUGCUUCUGGGAUGCCGCUGUCUCCAAUGGAGGCUCCAAGGCCACAGGCGGUCCCAAUUACAACACUUGCCUCUGCUUUGGCUUCUGCAAGCCCUGAACAUCGAAGAAUGAUGUUGGGGGAGCAACUGUUUCCACUUGUUGAACGCAUUGAACAUGACCAUGCUGGAAAAGUGACUGGCAUGCUGUUAGAAAUGGAUCAGACAGAAGUUCUUCACCUGAUUGAAUCACCAGAUGCUUUGAAGGCGAAGGUUGCUGAAGCAAUAGAAGUUCUACGAUUAGCACAAGCUGCUGCUGCUGCUGCAGAUUCAGCAGAUCAUCUUGGGUCAUUGGCUCUCACUGAUUGAUCGGAAGCGGGUGGACCCUAUUUUUGGCGAAAAAUUAAGUAGUUGCCCAAUUUUUUGGCAAGGGCUUGAGUUACAUAAUUUUUCAGGGGUGGUAUUAUUUGUUUCAUUGAUUUUGAUUGUCUUUGGCUUUAGAAGUUCCCAGACCUUUUGUCUCCGCUAAUGGUCAUUUAUGUGUUUGUGUAUGCAUGUUGACUGUGUGGGCUCAUCUGUGCGUGUGUGACUAUGCGUGUCAAGUUUUUGGAAGACAUGAAAAUAUUGGAUUUAAUUUUCGCAGACAAAUUUCUUUUA